UGUUUGUUGCCUCAUCCAAACUAGUUUGCAUCCAGCUGCAGCCAGAUGGCACGCAGUGUUGGGGUUCGCAACUUAUGAGCGCUGGCCAUGCGGAUUGAGAGAUGUUCUCUGCUUGCCUCACCGUUUGCAGAAAUCCGUGUCCAUCCCACAACGAUGAGGAGGAAGUCGUGGUGGAGGAGAACAGACCAGAGUACUCCGAUGAUGACAGCGACACAUCGGAGGAGGAUGAUACCGGCUGCGCAAGGGGCCGAUCCGGAUACAUGCUGCCGCGGCGGAAGCUGACUAGGGUGGAGGAGCUUGAAUGGAUCAGGCCGCUGCUCGAAAAGCUUUGGCCCAAGAUCGAUUUGGCCCUGCACAAGAUCAUGAAGGAGGUGGUGGAGCCCAAGAUCCAGGACAAGGUGCCCUUCGCCCUCAAGGGCCUCACCUUCACAAAGUUCACCUUGGGGAAGACGCUGCCCACCGUCGGUCCCAUCACCAUCUGGGACGCGCCCUGCUUGAAAUCGCAGGAGUACCAUCGUGGCUUAGAGUUGCAUAUCAAGGUGAAGCUGGACACCAAGAAUGUGGAUGUGGAGCUGGCCAUCGGGGCGUUGACCGCCGGGGUGAAGAGUUGCUCUCUGGAGGGCACGCUGGUGCUGCGUCUGGAUCCGCUGCUUGAUGUGUCUCCAAUCCUGGGAGGCCUGGUGAUCUAUUUCUUGGACCCCCCGAAGAUGGAUCUGAACUUCACUCAGCUGGCCAACCUGGCCGAGACGGAGUUCACAGCGGGCAGGCUCACCCAAAUCGUGGAAAAACUGGUGGCCCAGCGCUUGGUCCUACCGAACGUGUGGUUCAAGCCGUUUCUGCAGAAUGAAGAGAUUGUGGAUACGGCGACCUUGCGCGACCCCAAGCCUGUUGGAGUUCUUCGCGUCACCGCGAUCGAAGCAAAGCAGCUCUACGGCAGCGACUUUCACCUUUUCAAGAAGCCCACCAGCGACCCCUACGUUCGAAUACGACUGGCAGAUGUUGAGUGGACGUCUGGGUACAAGGAGGAGACCUGCAAUCCCAGGUGGCUGCCAGAUCCAGAGAUGACGGAGGAAAUGGCAUUAGAGGAAGUGCAGCACGACUUUCUGGUCUAUGAUGUGGGCCAGCAACUUCAGAUUGAGGUGUAUGACUGGAACCAACUUAUCGACCAUGUCCUGAUUGGACGGUCCGAUCUCAUCAGUGUGCAGGAAGCCUUGAGCUGCAGCAGGAAGCCUCUUAUGCUGAGCGAUGCGACUGGGAAGACGAAACGCGGCCAGCUCCAUUUGCAGUUUGAUUGGCUGAAGCUCACGCAGGAGAGCCAGGAGGGAGACUGCACCUGCAUGGUCAGGAUAAAAAUCGACGAGGUCUACGUGCCGGAUGACAUAGACCUUACCUGGGCGAAAGUCCAGGUGAAGCUGAAGGACGGGCGGAUGCGGCAGACCCCGGCCACCUUCCCCGCCGCAGCAGUGGACCCCACGCUGUCGGAGAACUUCCCGUCUGAGAAGCGGCUGGACGUGGAGUAUGUCAUGUGCUUCAACCUCUUGACGGAGGUGGCAUUGGCCGAGCCUUUGGAGAUUUCGCUGGUCUCCCAGAAUAAUGUUGCCGUGGGCAUCGGCAUCAUCAAGCUGGAUGAGGUUAUGAAACGUCCAGAGAAGACCAUGGAGUGCACUUCUGAGCCGAUGGAGCUUGAACGGCCGGACGACAGCAGCGUGAUCUCGGACUUUCUGAUCACUCGUGAGAAGAGCGACACCAAGGCCCCGCCGGUUCGCGCGGAGGUCACCAUCUCGGUGAUGGGGCUGCAGCCGGUGUCCACUAAAGCAGCACUCACUCACAUGAGGAAGCGAUGCCAGCUAUUGCCGGAAGACAUGCGAACGCCUUCCCACAGUACGUCUACCAGCAGGUUUGGUUUCAACUUGCAGCCGCCCUUGUGUCGGGAUACCACCAAGUGCACAGGCUCCGUGGAGUCUCUGGACUGGUUUAACGCCUUCUUCGCGCGUUUGUGGCCAAAGAUUGCCACCUUUGUCCAGCGGCUGAUGGAGGACCAAGAUGGCUCGGUCACGCAGAAGAUGCAAGCAGCCGUGCCAUCCCUUCUGAAAGGCAUCCACUUCAGCAAGUUCAAGCUGGGCAUAAAGACGCCAGUCUUCGGGCCUAUCAAGAUUUCUGAGGCCCCAGAGCGCUGGGGCAAGGAUGGCAAGGACAUCAUGCAGGGGUCCGAGAUUCGGCUUGGCGUGAAGCUGGACUCGGACUCGGAGAUUGAGCUCAGCGUCAUGGGAAUUAAGGUUGGGAUCCAUCGCUUGCAGGUGAGGGGCGAGAUUGCCAUUCGCUUCGAGCCCCUCUUGGCGCAGACCCCGGUGAUUGGAGGCCUCGUUUUGUGCUUCCUGAACCCGCCCAAGCUUGCCAUGGAGUACAAGCACUUCGCCCAGAUCGUGAGCAGCAAUCCGGUCCUGGAUCCCUUGGUGAAAAGCGCCAUCGACCGGGCCAUUUGCAAGGCACUGGUGAUGCCCAACGUGAUCUCGAUCCCAAUCGGGACAGAGGAGAAGGGCGUGGACCGGGCCCUGCUGCGGCACCCACGGCCGCUGGGCCUGCUGCGGAUCAAGGCCAAGACGGCCCAGGGCCUCCCAGAUGGCCACCUCCACGUUUUCAGCAAGCACAUCAGUGCUCCAUACUUGCGAGUCCGCGUCGCGGACGACGAGUGGUACUCCUCGGCUUCGGAGGGAAAUAAUCCUGUUUGGAAGGAAGAGGACACGCACUGCUUUUGGUACUACGACGCGAGGCAGACGAUUCACAUCGAUGUGCUGGACAGGGGCCGAUUCAACAAGAUGCACACCCUUGGGGUAGCCAAGCCCAUGUUGGUGAAAGAUGCCUGCGACAAGUCCGGCGCACCCAUCGAGCUCUUCGCUCCCGUGGCCGGCCUGGACGAGGUGAGCGAGGAGUCCUGUGGCUUGCUGGAGCUGGAGUGCGAGCUGCUGCAGCCACGCCCCGGGCUCCGCCCGGCCUGCGAGCUGUGCAUGCUGCGGCUCAAGCUGGACGAGGUCUACGUGCCGGAGGGCUUCCCUCAGCCGGUGGCGCUGCGCGCUCGCUGCAGCGACUCGGAGAAGAACACGCCCUUCGUGCUGCCGAAGGUGGUGAAGGUGGACACUAAGAAGUCCAAGAGUGAGCCAAACUUGCCUACGCUGAAGCGUUUAGGUACAGUACUUCCGGAGGAUGAAAUCAAGCAGCCCAUCACACUGGAGGUGGAAUACGUGCUUCAUCUCCUGAUCAAGAAGGAAGAGCUCAACGCGCACCAGCUGGAGCUGGAGUUGAUUGACCGGAAGCGUAACGUAUUGGCAACCAAAGAGGUGGAACUGAAGCAGCUGGUGGAUCGGAAGUCCUUCCGCCGGGUUUGGGGCAGCGAGAAGCAGCCGCUGCUGAACCUGCGAGGACUGAAUGGGAAAUGCCAAGUGGAGAUCGAAGUGCAGAUAUCAGGUCUCGACCCUCAACAAGCCCGAGUUGGGAGGGCGCGGGCACCGCCACGCAUCAACCCACUCUUCGUGGACCGCCUGCCCAGGUGCUGGUGCAGCCUCUGCAGACUGAAGCGGGAGUCCUGGUACCUGCUGGCCUUCUCUGGCAAUGCCUUGAUUGAAGGUGCAGCCUGCCUGAUCGGCUCCCUUUCCGGGUUCCUGCUCAUCUUCAUCAUGACAAUGUUUGGCCCAAGGCACAAGCACCAGAGCUUGCCCAAGGAGGAAGCGGAGGCCGGGGACGCGGAGGAGGAGGCGCGCGCAGUGCCCCCCACGCUCUACGAGGGCGGGGACACCACGCGCAGCUCCAAGGAGAAGGCGUCUCCCCACGAUAGGCAGCCUUCCACUGCGGAGCCCCGCUCCCCCACGGCAUCCUUCCUCCUCAACGCCGCGCGGAGCGCGCGGGCGGCCAGCGGUUCGCCACAACAAACGGAUUUGACGUCUCCGUCCUCAAGGGGAAAGACUUCAGGGGACCGCGCGAGAUUUCAUACUUUCGCCCAGUAGGAUUGAGCAACGUUUGCUACAGCCAGAUCUUGGCCCCUUCAACAAGAAGCCAACGGGAGGCUGUUUUAUGGCGGUUUCAACAGGUUCAAUCCAGAGGAUGGCCAAAAGAGCUGGCCAAGGCGUGUCAACUCGGUCAGUCUUCUACAGCCUUGCACAGGGCCAUUGCCGAAUGCCAAUGGCCGCAUUGCUCGAAGUCGCCCAGCCAAGCAGAUGCAAC